GCCACAAUAUAAAAGGGGGACACGAGAGGGACGGUCUAUACACCAGGGGCUUGCUCUUGCAAAACCAAACCACAAGGCAGCCUCGCAGAAGGAGGCAGAGUUCCGUCAUGCCCAGCUCAGCGCUGCUAUAUUGCCUGGUCUUACUGGCUGGGCUUGGGGCCGGCCAAGGCAUGGGCACCCAGUCUGAGGACAGCUGUGCCCACUUUCCAGCUGGCCUGCCCCACAUGCUCCGCGAGCUCCGAGCUGCCUUCGGCAGGGUGAAGACUUUCUUUCAAACGCAGGAUCAGCUGGACAACGUGCUGUUAAACGAGUCAUUGCUGGAGGACUUUAAGGGUUACCUGGGUUGCCAAGCCUUGUCAGAGAUGAUCCAGUUUUACCUGGCGGAGGUGAUGCCAAAGGCGGAGAACCACGACCCAGAUAUCAAGGAGCAUGUGAACUCCCUGGGAGAAAAGCUGAAGACCCUCAGGCAGCGGCUGCGGCGCUGUCAUCGAUUUCUUCCCUGUGAAAAUAAGAGCAAGGCGGUGGAGCAGGUGAAGACUGCAUUUAGCAAGCUCCAAGAGAAAGGUGUCUACAAAGCCAUGAGUGAGUUUGACAUCUUCAUCAACUACAUAGAAGCCUACAUGACAAUGAAGAUAACAAACUAAAACCCCAAGGAUGGCAACUCUAUUGGACUCUCGGUCAGAAAUUGAAGAUCAAAAUCUGAUCCAGGAUUCUGAGCUACCUGAACUAGCUCCUUGGAAAACCCCACUGUACCUCUGUCCUAGAAUAUUUAUUACUCAUUCCUAUUUAUUUACUGAGCUUCUCUGUGAAUUGUUUAGAAAGAAGCCCAAUAUUAUAAUUUUUUCAAUAUUUAUUAUUUUCACCUAUUUUAAGCUGUUUCCAUAGGGUAACACACUAUGGUACUUGAGUGUUUUAAUAGAAAUUUUAAUUUAUAUAAGGGAAAAAAAUGUUCCUUGGGGAGCCAACUAAAACUUCCACUCCAAGCAGGACCAUACUUUCUAGCCUGCUUGGUGAGCUAUUUCCCAUAACCUCCCUCUAAUUUCUCUUGUGUCUGGGCAUGGAGCUCUCGGAGUGCUGCAGACUUGCUCCCUCUUAGGAAGAGAAACCAGAGAGCGCCUUUGAGGAUUAACUCUCCAGCAGCUCAGAGGGAUUCCCCUGACCUCAUCCUCCAACCACUUCAUUCUUCAAAGCUGUGGCUCAAGUGUUAUUUAUAAUAGCCUAAAGUUGGUUCUAAUAGAACUCAUUUUUAACAAGAAGUAAUUCAGUUCCUCUGGGAAUGGUACAUUGUUUGUCUGUCUUCAUAGCAGAUUUUAAUUUUGAAAAAAAUAAAUGGACUUUUAUCCAA